AUGGCGACGACGAGCGACGCGGCAAGCGACAAGGAACCCUUUCCGCUCCUGAACACCUCCCUCGACCCCUUUGCCAUGAUGGACGGUGACGACUCGGCCCCGCGGCGCCGCCGCAAGAGCUCUGGCCUGGGCGGCGAAAUCCGCGCCGGCGACACGGGUGCGCCGGCCUUUGCCUCGAGUCGCGCCAGUUUAAAAGCCGGCGAUUCCUUUGGUCACCAUGUCGAUUCCCCCGUCACGCCCACCACGCCCACCAGCAUCACCGCCAAUAGUAAGCGCAUCUCGAAGCGCCGCCGCGCGCGGGGUCUCCUCUCCCGCUUCCGACAGCUCAUUGUCCGGCGCACCUUUGUCCUGCCCGCCGUCAUCCUCGUCCUAUGCCUCGCCGGCUACGCCGUCCACCCGACUCCCGCGAACCCUCUCCACCGCUUCAUCUUUCUCUCCUAUCCCUUGCCGCAGACGGAUCCCUCGGAGCCCGUCUUGUACGGCAAGGGCAAGUGGGAUAUCGCCUUCGUCUCGUUUUACAUCGUGGUGCUGUCGUUUACGCGCGAGUUUGUCAUGCAGGAGAUUCUGCGGCCGUGGGCGCGCCGCACGGGGCUCUCGCGCGCCAAGCAGGCGCGCUUCAUGGAGCAGGCCUACACGGCGCUCUACUUUGCCGUGCUCGGCCCGGCGGGCUUGUACGUCAUGAGCAGGACGCCCGUGUGGUACUACAACACGCACGGCAUGUACGAGGCGUUUCCGCACCGCGCCCACGAGGCCGUCGUCAAGUUUUACUACCUCUUCCAGGCCGCGUACUGGGCUCAGCAGGCCAUUGUCCUACUGCUCGGCCUCGAGAAGCCGCGUAAGGACUACUACGAGCUCGUCGGCCACCACGUCGUCAGCCUCGCCCUCAUUGGCCUCAGCUACCGCUUCCACUUUACCUACAUUGGCAUCGCCGUCUACACCUCGCACGACAUUUCCGACUUUUUCCUCGCCACCUCCAAAGUCCUCAACUACCUCGACCACGCGCUCAUUGGCCCCUACUUUUUCCUCUUUGUCUGCGUCUGGAUCUACCUCCGCCACUACAUCAACCUGAAAAUCAUUGUCUCCAUGUUUACCGAGUUUCGCACCGUCGGCCCCUUUGAGCUCAACUGGGAGACGCAGCAGUACAAGUGCUGGAUUUCUCAGUACAUCACCACCGCCCUGCUCACCUCUCUCCAGGCGCUUAAUCUGUUUUGGCUAUUUUACAUUUUGCGCAUUGCGUACCGCUUCGUUCGCGACAGCAACGCGACCGACGACCGCUCCGACGACGAGGAAGAGGAUUCGACGACGACGACGAAGCCCGUCGGUGAGAAGCAGAAGCAGAAUGCUGUGCCGAUUCUCAAAAUCAACGGCCAAAAGCCUAAUGGCAAGUCAGAAUAG